GUUGAGCAUCGCUCUCGGUAUGAUACCUCCCUCAGCUCAAUACCUCGAAGACAUCUCCGACAAUAUCGACGAAGUGAACAAGCUCAAAGCCUCUCGCGCGUGGGACGAGGCCUCAGACUUCGACAACAACAAAGAUAAGACCAAGUUCCGUCAGUAUGAGGAGGCAUGCGAUCGCGUAAAGGCGUUCUACAAGGAGCAGCAUGAGAAGCAGACUGUGGAGUUCAAUCUCAAGGUGCGCGCAAGCUUCAAGAAGACCGUGCGCGCGCGAAUGGGCAUUUGGGAGGCGAUGGAGCUCCUUAAUACACUUGUGGACCAGUCUGACCCGGAUACGAGCGUAUCUCAGAUUGAGCACCUGUUGCAGACAGCGGAGGCUAUCCGUCGAGACGGAAAGCCGGAAUGGAUGCAGGUGGCCGGCCUCGUUCAUGACCUCGGAAAGCUGCUGCAUAUAUUCGGCUCUGAAGGCCAAUGGGACGUAGUCGGGGAUACAUUCGUUGUUGGAUGUAAGUUCUCCGAGAAGAACAUUUACCCUGAAUCGUUCAAAGGCAAUCCCGACUUCCGCGACCCUGUGUAUUCCACAGAGCACGGUGUUUAUAAGCCUCACUGCGGACUUGACAACGUCAUGCUCUCUUGGGGACACGACGAGUAUCUGUAUCAUGUCCUAAGGAAUCAGAGCAGCCUUCCGGAAGAAGCACUCUACAUGAUCCGGUAUCAUAGUUUCUAUCCAUGGCACAGGGAGGACGCGUACAUGCACCUCACUAAUGCCAACGACCAGCGCGCCCUGGAAGCUGUUCGGGCCUUUAACCCUUACGACUUGUACAGCAAGAGCGAUGACCCGAUUGAUCCCGAGAAGGUCAAACCAUACUACCAGGCUCUCAUCGCGAAGUUCUUUCCCGAAAUAAUUGAAUGGUGAAUGCCAAAACACGUCGAGAUGUCCACAGUUCGUCCUGCACACGACACCCAGC